AUUCCAUCAAAAAAACAAGACAUUGAAGGGAGCUCAAACUUUUUGAAGAGAAAAAGAUGAACGGCGUAAGAAAAGGGCCGCCGAAGCAUCAGAACAAAGUCGCCUGGAAACCUAACGCCGGUAUCAAAAUCAAUGAAACGGAAGUGGGUGGAAAAUUUAGGCCUCUCUCAGAAAUAACAGGAGUAUGUCUUCGUUGUAGAGAUCAAAUUGAUUGGAAGCGCAAGUAUGGAAAAUACAAAGCCAUUACUGAACCUGCUAAGUGUCAGAAGUGUUCGAAAAGAAACGUGCGUCAAGCUUACCACAAUCUCUGCAAUGGCUGUGCAAAGGAGCAUAAAGUAUGUGCCAAGUGUUCAUGUCGUGUUGGUCAAGUGGUUGGAAGAGAUGUUUCAGAAGUAGAGGCUGAGAAAAAAGCUCUUGAGGAGGCUAUCAAGAAUGCUCGAGAACGGGAUAGGCGGUCACUUCUACGUGCUAUGAACAAAGGGAAGUCACAGAGUUCAGAGAAAAACCUAACUCAAGAUGACAUGAAGGUUGGUGAACUGAAUACAGCAUCAUCACUUGAGGAAUAUGCGGAGGUAAGCCGUGAUGAUGAUGAUGAUGAGGAUGAUGAUGAAGAUGAAGAUCAAGUUAUUUGAGAUGCGCAAUUUGGAGAAUAAAUCCCAUAUGGCCCUUUAUAGAUCUCUCUUCAUGGUCCCUAGUUUGAUGCACACUAGCUCAUUUGUAUUGUCCGCUUUGGAGAAAAGUGAAUUUAUUCGGCACAAUUGAUACAGGCUGUUUGGUUUACCCCCCUUUCUACAGUAAAGGACAGAGAGUGAGAUCAACACACUAUUCCAUUCCUUUUCCAUUUCAUAUUUGUUAGCUAGUGAAGAGUUUUGAGAGUGUAAUCUAGAGUAAAAUAGAUUCUUAAGCCUAUUUAAUGUAAUUCAGCUAAAAAGACAGCUUGCUAGUUGCUUCAUAAUGUGAUGUAAGAGCAUUGAUGUUCUGUUGGUCAAUUUACUCA